GAAUCACAUUUGGUUGAAUGGCAACCCAACAACAACGAGCAGUAAACCGAUGAUGCCUGCCUGAUUGAUCGCCUACAACCACAAUGCAUGACUCCAUAUCAUACCCUGCAGGGAUUGCGCGCAGAAUUUUUUAAAAUUCCGGUCAAUCGGUCUGAAUACUUUACGUUCGACGUUGCAGGAAUCCAAAUAGGGGACGGAACUAGGACCAAAUGCUGCGGUGUCGUUUUGUGAUGUGUGCUGCAUGAAUCGCAUGGAUCAAAACUGGAUUGAGUCUUCAGGGAUUUAGCAGUUUGUCAUACUAUGCAGUCAUAGGCUAAUACCGAUGAGAACCGUUUUUUGGAUGUGGGUGUGUGGGCUUUUGGGUGUGUGGAAUCGCGGAGUCUUCCUCUCCUCUGCUCGGCAAUGAAAGCGCGCGAGGGUCGUACUGUGACGGUUUCGUAAUUUACAUUUCAUUUGCAUUUGAGUAAUUUUGCAGAUGCUCUUAUCCAGAGCGAUGUACAGUAGUGAGUGGAUACAUUUUCAUAUUAAUUGUACGGAUGUAACCAUCCAAGCAUCGACAAGGCUGCAAUGAGAUGCACAGGUGUACGACUUCUAGCACUGGAUGAGACGCUCAACUAAAGUAGCCUAGACGUCAAUAUGGGAGUGUCCCCCACAACAUCACAUUUUUUAUUUUCAUAUAUUUUUUAAAUAAAGUGUUUGAGCAACAUAUUUGCAACGUAAUAGAUGUUUGUAUGGCCAACUAUUGGAGUUGUGUAACGUUUUUAUUCCAUGGCCUAUAUAACAACAUUCGGCAACAUUUCUGCAUACAGAGCUUCAUGUUUGGAUUAUAAUUAAUUAAAACGAACUUCUCCUGGAAAUAUAUUAUCCACCAGAGUUGCGUUUGUUGUUAUCGUAUAUCUCCCAGGUGACUUUUCUUCCUAUUUCAUUGAUUUUAAUAGAUUUUCAGAGCAUUUUACCAUCUGCUGCCAAAUGUAUCCCAAGUCAUGAAUAGGCCUAUGCAUCACAUUUUCAAAAGUAUCCUGGACACACAUUUGUUCUACCAUAGUGGACUUUUAACUGGACACAUUUAAUUUACUUUAACCUCCUCUGAUUGUUACCUUACCUCUAGAAUUAACUCGUCACUGAUUUACCAGGCGUUUCAUAGACCUGCCGCUGAAGAAAACAUUGUAACAAUGUAACAAAAUUGUAAUAAGAACAAUAGCCUAAUUCUUGAAAAGGUUAGGGUCGAGUUGGCUUUCAUAAGAAACUUUGAGCAGGCACGUGUGUGGUCCUGUGCGUUGCUUUUUCUAUUAUUUUUAUCUGAGAAAUACCAUGUCCCGAUCUAACAGUGUUAGCCCGCCCGGAAUCGGUGCGCCUGGGCUGAGGGGAGGGACUGAACUGAGAUCAGCUUGGGGCGAGUCUGAGUCUAUUGCCAACGGAUGCCCAUACUCGGCUAGAUCUCCGAGCAAAAAGCUCGCCCGUUCGAACAGCAGAUGGACUGAAGGAGAUGAUGAUCCCGACCGACAGCCCAGACCAGGACGAGCCACGACAAUGGUUAGCAGGGUCAGUUUUAGGUCUAGAUCUGCGUGGCAAGAGCAUGGCACUGGAGAGGAGAGCCGAAACAACAACCGAUCGUCCCCUAAACACGCAGAUGGAGCCGGGGAAGUGAGACCCAAGUCUGUGGAGUUGGGCUUGGAGGACCGUAGAGUGAAGGGCACCAAACCCGAGGAGGAGGAACUCAUGUCUGAAGUUCACUUUUCCAUGGUCGCGUGCUGCAGCAGCGCGAUGCAGAUUUUCAGAUCCAAGAAAUUCCAAUCGGAGAAGUUGGAGAGGCUUUACCAGCGUUACUUUUUCCGGCUCAACCAGAGCAGUUUGACCAUGCUCAUGGCCGUUUUGGUGCUCCUGUGCGCGGUUAUGCUGACAUUCCAUUGCGCGGGGGGAGGAUGCCGGAUAGCUUACGUUGUGGUCUUUUCUUUGGCCAUCUUACUUAUCCUCAUCUUGAUGGUGGUGUGCAAUCGGAACGGGUUUCAUCAGGACCACAUGUGGAUAGUCUGCUAUGUGGUCAUUCUAGUCGUGCUGGUAUUACAAGUGAUUGGGGUCCUCCUCGUACAUCCGCAAAGUGCCUCUGAGGGAAUUUGGUGGACAGUGUUUUUUAUCCAUGUCAUUUACACGCUGCUCCCGGUUCGGAUGCGGGCUGCCGUUAUCACUGGAGUUAUACUGUCUGCCAUCCAUGUGGUCGGGUCUUGGAAGUUAAACGAAAAGGAUGCCUUUGUAUGGAAGCAGAUAGUGUCCAACGUCCUGAUCUUCUCCUGUACUAACAUCGUGGGCGUGUGUACCCACUAUCCAGCCGAGGGCUCCCAGAGACAAGCCUUCCAGGAGACCAGGGAAUGCAUACAGGCUCGCCUCCACUCACAGAGGGAGAAUCAGCAGCAGGAGCGUCUCCUGCUCUCCGUGCUUCCCCGUCAUGUUGCCAUGGAGAUGAAAGCUGACAUUAACGCCAAGCAGGAAGACAUGAUGUUUCACAAGAUCUACAUCCAGAAGCACGACAACGUCAGUAUCCUGUUUGCAGAUAUUGAAGGGUUUACCAGCCUGGCGUCCCAGUGUACUGCCCAGGAGCUGGUGAUGACUCUCAAUGAACUGUUUGCCCGCUUCGACAAGCUGGCUGCGGAAAACCACUGCCUGCGUAUUAAGAUCCUGGGAGACUGCUACUACUGUGUGUCUGGGCUGCCAGAGGCCCGGGCCGACCAUGCAUCCUGCUGUGUGGAGAUGGGGGUGGACAUGAUCGAGGCCAUCUCGCUGGUGAGAGAGGUGACGGGGGUCAACGUGAACAUGCGUGUGGGAAUCCAUAGCGGCAGGGUCCACUGUGGGGUGCUGGGUCUCAGGAAGUGGCAGUUUGAUGUGUGGUCCAACGAUGUCACGUUAGCCAAUCACAUGGAGGCCGGGGGUGCGGCAGGGCGGAUCCACAUCACCAAGGCCACUCUGAACUACCUGAGUGGAGACUAUGAGGUAGAGCCAGGAUCAGGAGGAGCAAGGAACAUCUAUCUGAAGAAACACAACAUAGAAACCUACCUCAUCGUGGGCUGCAGCCAGAAAAGGAAAGACGAGAAGGCGAUGAUAGCCAAGAUGAACCGUCAGCGCGCCAACUCUGUCUCCCACAACAUGGGCCCCUGGACCGACCGGCCCUUCUACAACCACAUGGGAGGAAACCAGAUCUCCAAGGAGAUGAAGAGGAUGGGAUUUGAAGACCCCAAGGACAAACAUUUCAUUUUCAGAAACACGCAGGAAAACCUGAACCCAGAAGACGAGGUGGACGAGUUCCUCGGGAGAGCCAUCGACGCCAGGAGUAUCGACCGGCUACGCUCGGAACACGUCAAGAAGUUCCUGCUGACCUUCAGAGAACCAGACCUGGAGAAGAAGUACUCCAAACAAGUGGACUCCAGAUUUGGAGCGUACGUGGCCUGCGCCUCUCUUGUCUUCCUCUUCAUCUGUUUCAUCCAGAUUGUCAUUGUACCACACUCCACUCUGAUGAUUGGGUUCUAUGUCACCUGUCUGAUCAUCUUGAUGGCUGUCAUGUUUGUCUCAGCAGUCUACUCCUGUUUUGGGUUUUUCCCAGCGUCUCUACAGACUCUGUCCAAGAUGAUAGUCCAGUCCAGACUCAACAGCACCCUGGUGGGAGUCUUCACCAUCCUCCUGGUCUUUCUCUCUGCCUUCAUCAACAUCUUCACCUGCAGUACUGGAGACCUGAGGGAGUGUCUGAGCUGGGAACUGAACAUCAGUCGCAGCAGUGUGAACGCCUGCCAUGCACGCAGCCUCAACUACACCCUCGAAUCACUGGACGGCUUCUGUGGCAGCCCCUCACCCAACUGCAACUUCCCUGAGUACUUCUCUUCCUGUGUGUUGUUGACCCUGCUGGCCAGCUCAGUUUUCCUACAGAUCAGCAGUAUAGGUAAACUCUUACUCAUGCUCUUCAUCGAGAUCUUCUACGUCCUCAUCAUGGAGGUGCCAGAGGUCAGCCUGUUCGACAACGUAGACCUGCUGGUCAUGGCCAACGCUAUUGAGCACAUAAAUGGAACAAGCUGUGUGAUGGACUCUAAGGUCCCUCUGAAGAUCAUGACUCCCGUGGUCAUCACUGUCUUCGUCCUGGCUUUGUAUCUACACGCCCAGCAGGUGGAGUCCACAGCCAGACUCGACUUCCUCUGGAAACUACAGGCCACAGAGGAAAAGGAGGAGAUGGAGGAGCUACAGGCUUACAACCGUCGCCUCCUCCACAACAUCCUCCCCAAAGACGUGGCUGCUCACUUUCUGGCGCGAGAGCGUCGGAACGACGAGCUCUACUACCAGUCCUGUGAGUGUGUGGCCGUCAUGUUCGCCUCCAUCUCCAACUUCUCUGAGUUCUACAUAGAGCUGGAGGCCAACAACGAAGGAGUGGAGUGUCUCAGGCUGCUCAACGAGAUCAUUGCAGACUUUGACGAGAUCAUCAGUGAGGACCAGUUCCGCCAGCUGGAGAAGAUAAAGACCAUCGGCAGUACCUACAUGGCUGCCUCUGGCCUCAACGACUCUACCUACGACAAGGAAGGCCGCUCACACAUCAGAGCCCUGGCAGACUACGCCAUGAGACUCAUGGAUCAGAUGAAGUACAUCAACGAACACUCCUUCAAUAACUUCAAGAUGAAGAUCGGUCUGAACAUGGGUCCAGUGGUGGCUGGGGUGAUCGGGGCCAGGAAGCCCCAGUAUGAUAUCUGGGGGAAUACAGUCAACGUGGCCAGCCGCAUGGACAGCACUGGUGUACCUGAGCGGAUCCAGGUGACCUCAGACCUGUACAACGUACUGAACUCCUAUAACUACACACUAGAGUGCCGAGGCCUGGUCAAGGUGAAGGGUAAAGGAGAAAUGCAGACCUACUUCCUCACUGGAGGACCUCCCAGCAGUUAACACCAGGCUGUGUCCCAAAUGGAAACCUAUUCCCUGUAUAUUACACUACUUUUGACCAGGGACACAGGGCUCUGUUCUAAAGUAGUGCACUAUAUAGGAAAUAGGGUGCCAUUUCAGACACAGCCUAUUCAGAAGCAGCCCCAGUAACAGACUGACACUGGUGCAGGAAAAGGCUGAGAGGAGAGGGGGUAUUGGACUAAAAGGGGCUGACCCCCCCCAAGUCUUUGACGAGCAGGCUCAUGGACAUGUGUUUGCUUGGGGAACUGACUGCCCCCCAUCAACACCCCUUGUCCUAGGUUUAUCUCCUCCCUACCUGCAGAGGUCAGCCUCCGAUUGGACCAGAGUGAAGGAGACCCCACCCAGCCUCCUCUCGGAUUGGGGUAAAGAGACAGGGAGGAGCUCAGAGGGCCUGAGUUCGCUGAAGAGACCAAAGAAAUCCCAUCAGACUACAGCAGACAGAGACACAUUGUGACAGCAGCAUUCUCUCACAGUCUUAUUUCUAUAGGUCAUAGUGUGAGUUAAGGAAUGGCUAAGAGCCAAUCAUCUUGCAGUACUGUAGAUCUCUAAGGUUUUCUGAGGAAAUCGAUCCACUGUGUGUGUUCUUAGACAUUCUGCUGAAAGAGCCAAGUCGCUCUAAACAAAACCUGCAUGAAGACACUGAAACCCAUAUAUACACAUAAAACAUUCGGAAAGUAUUCAGGCCCCUUCACGUUUUCCACAUUUUAUUAUGUUAGACUUUUUCUAAAAUGGAUUAAAUAAAAAAUGUCCUCAUUAGUCUACACAUAAUACCCCAUAACGACAAAGCGAAACCAGGUUUUUAGAAAUGUUUGCAAAUUUAUUCAAAAUAAAAAAACGGACAUACCUUAUUUACAUAAGUAUUCAGACCCUUGAGAUCAGGUAAAUUCUGUUUCCAUUGAUCAUCCUUGAGAUGUUUUUCAACUUGGAGUCCACCUGUGGUAAAUUCAAUUGAUUGGACAUGAUUUGAAAAGGCACACACCUGUCUAUAUAAGGUCCCCCAGUUGACAGUGCAUGUCAGAGCAAAACCUAAGCCAUGAUGUUGAAGGAAUUGUCCGUAGAGCUCCGAGACAGGAUUGUGUCGAGGCACAGAUCUGGGGAAGGGUACCAAAACAUUUCUGCAGCAUUGAAGGUCCCCAAGAACACUGUGGCCUCCAUCAUUUUUAAAUGGAAGAAGUUUGGAACCACCAAAACUCUUCCUAGAGCUGGCCGCCCAGCCAAACUGAGCAAUUGGGGUAGAAGGGCCUUGGUCAGGGAGAUGACCAAGAACCCGAUGGUCACUGACAGAGCUCCAGAGUUCCUCUGUAGAUAUGGGAGAACCUUUCAGAAGGACAACCAUCUCUGCAGCACUCCACAAAUCAGGCCUUCAUGGUAGAGUGGACAGACAGAAAACACAUGUCAAACUCCAAGCGGGCUGUCAAAAGGCACCUAAAGGACUCUCAGACCAUGAGAAAAAACAUUCUUUGGUCUGAUGAAACCAAGAUUGAACUCUUCGGCCUGAAUGCCAAGCAUCACGUCUGGAGGAAACCAGGCACCGCUCAUCACCUGGCCAACACCAUCCCUACGGUGAAGCAUGGUGGUGGCAGCAUCAUGCUGUGGCAAUGUUUUUCAGCGGCAGUGACUGGGAGACUAUUCAGGAUCGAAGGGAAAGAUGACCGGAGCAAAGUACAGAGAGAUCCUUGAUGAAAACCUGGUCCAGAGCGCUCAGGACCUCAGACUGGGGCGAAGGUUCACCUUUUAACAGGACAAUGACAUUAAGCACACAGCCAAGGAGUGGCUUUGGGACAAGUCUCCGAAUGUCCUUGAGUGGCCCAGCCAGAGCACGGACUUGAACCUGAUCAAACAUCUCUGGAGACCUGAAAAUAGCUGUGUAGCGACGCUCCCCAUCCAACCUGACAGAGCUUGAGAUGAUCUGCUGAGAAAAAUGGGAGAAACUCCCCAAAUAUGUGUGCCAAGUUUGUAGCGUCAUACCCAAGAAGACUUGAGGCUGUAAUCGCUGUCAAAGGUGCUUCAACAAAGUACUGAGCAAAAGGGUCGGAAUACUUAUGUAAAUGUGAUAUUCCCAUAAAAAAAGAAAAAAAUCAAACCUGCUUUUUGCUUGGUUCUUAUGGCUUAUUGUGUGUAGAUUGAUGAGGGGAAAAAACUAUUGAAUCCCAUUUUAGAAUAAGUCUGUAACGUAACAAAAUGUGUAAAAAGUCAAGGGGUCGUAAUACUUUCUGAAUGCACUGUAUAUACAGUAACAGUCAAAAGUUGACACACCUACUCAUUCAAGAGUUGCUUCAUUUUUACUAUUUUCUACAUUUUACAAUAAUAGUGAAGAGAUCAAAACUAUGAAAUAACACAAAGGGAAUCAUGUCGUAAUCAAAAAAUUGUUAAUCAAAAUAUAUUUUAGAUUCUUCAAAGUAGCCACUCUUUGCCUUGAUGACAACUUUGCACACUCUUGGCAUUCUCUCAACCACCUUCACAAGGAAUCCUUUUCCAACAGCCUUGAAGGGGUUCCCACAUAUGCUGAGCACUUGUUGGCUGCUUUUCCUUCACUCUGCAGUCCAACUCAUCCCAAACCAUCUCAUUUGGGUUGAGGUCGGGUGAUUGUGGAGGUCAGGUCAUCUGAUGCAGUACUCCAUCAGUCUCCUUCUUGGUAAAAUAGCCUUUACACAGCCUGGAGGUGUUGGGUCAUUGUCCUGUUGAAAAACAAAUGAUAGUCACACUAAGCGCAAACCAGAUGGGAUGGCAUAUCGCUGCAGAAUGCUGUGGUAGCCAUGUUGGUUAAGUGUGCCUUGAAUUCUACAUAAAUAGGAACCACACAUGCUGAGAACAUCUCACAAAGACACGGCGGUUGGAACCAAAAAUCUCAAAUUUGGACUCAUCAGACCAAAGGACAGAUUUCCACCGGUCUAAUGCCCAUUGCUUAUGUUUCUUAUUAUUAUUGGUGUCCUUUAGUAGUGGUUUCUUUGCAGCAAUUCAACCAUGAAGGCCUGACUCCUCUGAACAGUUGAUGUUGAGAUGUGUCUGUUACUUGAACUCUUUGAGGUGCAGUUAAUUGUCGAUUUCUGAGGCUGGUAACUCUAAUGAACUUAUCCUCCGCAGCAGAGAUAACUCUGGGUCUUCCUUUCCUGUGGCGGUGCUCAUGAGAGCCAGUUUCAUCAUAGUGCUUAAUGGUUUUUACAACUGCACUUGAAGAAAUGUCCAAAGUUCUUGAGAUUUUCCAUAUUGACUGACCAUGUCUUAAAGUAAUGAUUGACUGUCGUUUCUCUUUGCUUAUUUGAGCUGUUCUUGCCAUGGUAUGGACUUGGUCUUUUACCAAAUAGGGCUAUCUUCUGUAUACCACCCCUACCUUGUCACAACACAACUGAUUGGCUCAGACGCAUUAAGGAGGAAAGAAAUUCCACAAAUUCACUUUUAACGAGGCACACCUGUUAAUUGAAAUGCAUUCCAGGUGACUACCUCAUGAAGCUGGUUGAGAGAAUGCCAAGAGUGCGCAAAGCUGUCAAGGCAAAAGGGGGCCUACUUUGAAGAAUCUCAAAACAUAAAAUAUGUUAUGAUUUUAACACUUUUCUGGUUCCAUGUGUUAUUUCAUAGUUUUGAUGUCUUCACUAUUAUUCUACAAUGUAGAAAAUAGUAAAAAUAAAGAAAAACCCUUGAAUGAGUAGUUGUGUUCACACUUUUGAUUGGUACUGUAUAUGUACACAGUAUAUGUGGAAAAAAGUGUUUUUUGUUCAUACAGUCCAUGUAUGCUGUCUUUGUACACUUGAGUGGUACAGAUAUUGCAAUUCUCCAAACCAUUGGUACACUAUGUACUAAUAUUGCCAGCCAGCACAGCAGCACUAUCAAACCCUUUACUGGAGUUGGUCAGAUAGGAAGGAGCAGUGUGUUUCAUCUCUAGUAGGGAGCCUUGGUGGGCCGUGUUAACCUGGCUGGCUACUUGAACGACCAGUGAGACUGCUCUGUUCAGUGUGAGUUUACAGAGCUCUACACAACACACACACACAUCAUGCAAACACAGGGGCAAAAACACACACAGAAACACAGACAUACGCUAGCCACACAUACAUGCACAUAACAGACACACACGCUUUAACUGACGACACUUUCAACCGAGGAUGUCAACGAAAAGCUUUUUUGUAUUUGACAUUUUGUAUUUUGACUCAAACACCAAACCCUAUCAGAUAUUUUAGAUUCUAUAUUUUGUACAUUAAUAUAUUAGAGAGAAGUAUCUAUAAAUAAACAUGUAUUCGGAUGUACAUAGCUGACUGAGACCUAUUACAAUCAUCCAAGGGGUGGACAAUUCGUUUUCUUUCCCAUCACUGUAUUCUUCAUUCUUUCUAGUUCACCUGCUUUUUCCACACAUUUGGUUUGAAUAUCAAGCAGUUGCUUGCACUUGUGGCAAGGCAUCCCCCGACAUGUUCUUUUAGAUGACCCCCUGCAGUCAGUCCAUGUCAUAGAUAGAGACUGAUUUGGUGUUCUAUGAAGCCAUCCCACCAACCCUGGCAAAAAUCAGAUGUUAUGACCCAAUGAAUGUCCAAUUUUCUCCAAUGAGGCCUUUAUACUUGUCUAUACUGAUGACGUCAUCCUUGUAUUAAACAAUAUGAGGAACAACUUGUGGGAGUCCAUGUGGAGAUGUUUCCUUUUGACCUUUGAUCUGCUGGAUAUUUUUUAUCCCCAUUAGAGUUGCACAAUUCCAGUAACUUUGCCAAAAUUCCCAGGUUUUUCUAAAAUACUGGUUGGAAGAUUCCCGGAAUCAGGAGGGAAAAAGCAGGAAAUCCAGUAAACUCCCAACCGAGAUUUCUAGAAAACCUGGGAAUUUGGGGAGUGACUGGAAUUUUGCAAACCUCUAUCCCCCUUCAUCUGUUUCUGGUAGAGCAGCCCCAUCAGUGAUACAGCAUACUGUGGGACCUUCAUGUUUCUGGUAGAGCAGCCCCAUCAGUGAUACAGCAUACUGUGGGACCUUCAUGUUUCUGGUAGAGCAGCCCCAUCAGUGAUACAGCAUACUGUGGGACCUUCAUGUUUCUGGUAGAGCAGCCCCAUCAGUGAUACAGCAUACUGUGGGACCUUCAUGUUUCUGGUAGAGCAGCCCCAUCAGUGAUACAGCAUACUGUGGGACCUUCAUGUUUCUGGUAGAGCAGCCCCAUCAGUGAUACAGCAUACUGUGGGACCUUCAUGUUUCUGGUAGAGCAGCCCCAUCAGUGAUACAGCAUACUGUGGGACCUUCAUGUUUCUGGUAGAGCAGCCCCAUCAGUGAUACAGUAUACUGUGGGACCUUCAUGUUUCUGGUAGAGCAGCCCCAUCAGUGAUACAGCAUACUGUGGGACCUUCAUGUUUCUGGUAGAGCAGCCCCAUCAGUGAUACAGCAUACUGUGGGACCUUCAUGUUUCUGGUAGAGCAGCCCCAGUGAUACAGUAUACUGUGGGACCUUCAUGUUUCUGGUAGAGCAGCCCCAUCAGUGAUACAGCAUACUGUGGGACCUUCAUGUUUCUGGUAGAGCAGCCCCAUCAGUGAUACAGUAUACUGUGGGACCUUCAUGUUUCUGGUAGAGCAGCCCCAUCAGUGAUACAGCAUACUGUGGGACCUUCAUGUUUCUGGUAGAGCAGCCCCAUCAGUGAUACAGUAUACUGUGGGUUCUUUAUCUUAUCCUACAUCUGAUGUCAUUCUAAUUUCACAAUUUAUUUUUCUUUCCCAUCAUCAAACAACUACUUAGUGACAAUAUUGGUGAUUUGGGUACCAAUCAGUUCUUGAGAAGCAGUCUGUCUGUUUGGAUUGUCACUUUGUACCCCGAGGUAUGUGUGGAUAGGAAGAAUGUCUUGGCGCUCUAUUCAUUCUGGGUGACAGAUAGCCUAGUGGUUAAGAGCAUGCCUGAACAGCCCCUCUAAAAACUCAACAAAGUCCAAAACAGCACAAAAGGCGUCAUAAAAUAUGCAGAAACUCUUCCAAACUAUUUUGGCUGGGAAGCAUGCGGACGCCUUAAAGCGGGAACAUCGACUUUAAAUUUAAUUCAAGAUGUAACGCUCAACUUCAAUGAUACGGCUUAAAUAGAGCCCUUCUCCUCUGGUCUUUACUCUUUUCAAACCAACACCCUCCUUCCACUAGAAACAUGAGGGAUCUACUCUACUGCUAUAACCCAUUCAGUCCCUCUCCACUCCUCAAAAUGGUGCCAUUUCUUGCUUAUCUUGAUAUUUUUUUUUUACUGUGUGUCAUUGGUGUUGUAAGGACACAUGGCUUCUAUUGGAGGUUGAGAUUGUACUUUAGUUUCUGCUACUUUGAAAACAAGCAAGGAAAAUAGUGCCAUUGAAUUCAAUUGACCUUUAACGUCUCUGCUAGGGAGGAGCACAGCUCCCUUUCUCUCCCUAUAUUUGGAGAAAGGAUGAACCUCGUGAGGUUUUCACUAGAUGGAGCGGAGAGAAGAGGAAUGACAUCAGUGUGUUUUGAGUCAGAGGCAGGACUUGCAUAACCUGGUUGCUGUCUCUGUUCAGCUAUUACAUUCCGCAUAGAGUGUUAGCUAAGAAGACUGGUACCCAGACUAAACCUUGGGUUGUCUUUGCUUUCUAUCAUGUCAAACACUAAGCGUCUUUGUUACAUUCAAUAAACCACUAAAAUUGCA